CCUAUCUGUUCUGUUUACAGCUACAGCUGUCUCCAGUGAGCAGAAUCCUGUUAUUAUAAUUGCCGUGGUAGCUGUGGCGGGGACCAUCAUCCUGGUUUUCAUGGUCUUUGGCUUCAUCAUUGGAAGAAGGCACUGUGGUUAUAGCAAAGCUGACCAAGAAGGGGAUGAAGAACUUUACUUUCAUUUUAAAUUUCCAGGCACCAAAACCUACAUUGACCCUGAAACCUAUGAGGACCCAAAUAGAGCUGUCCAUCAAUUCGCCAAGGAGCUAGAUGCCUCCUGUAUUAAAAUUGAACGUGUGAUUGGUGCAGGAGAAUUUGGAGAAGUCUGUAGUGGCCGUUUGAAACUUCCAGGGAAAAGAGACGUUGCAGUAGCCAUAAAAACCCUGAAAGUUGGUUACACGGAAAAACAAAGGAGAGACUUUUUAUGCGAAGCAAGCAUCAUGGGGCAGUUUGACCACCCAAAUGUUGUUCAUUUGGAAGGGGUUGUUACGAGAGGGAAACCAGUUAUGAUUGUAAUAGAAUUCAUGGAAAAUGGUGCCCUUGAUGCAUUUCUCAGGAAACACGAUGGGCAAUUUACAGUCAUUCAAUUAGUAGGAAUGCUGAGAGGAAUUGCUGCUGGAAUGAGAUACUUGGCUGACAUGGGAUAUGUUCACAGAGACCUUGCAGCUCGUAAUAUUCUCGUUAACAGUAAUCUUGUUUGUAAAGUGUCAGAUUUUGGCCUGUCCCGGGUUAUAGAGGAUGAUCCAGAAGCUGUCUACACCACUACUGGUGGAAAAAUUCCAGUAAGGUGGACUGCACCUGAAGCCAUCCAAUACCGGAAAUUCACAUCAGCCAGUGAUGUGUGGAGCUAUGGAAUAGUCAUGUGGGAAGUUAUGUCUUAUGGAGAAAGACCUUAUUGGGACAUGUCAAAUCAAGAUGUUAUAAAAGCAAUAGAAGAAGGUUAUCGCUUACCAGCACCCAUGGACUGCCCAGCUGGUCUUCACCAGCUAAUGCUGGAUUGCUGGCAAAAGGAGCGUGCUGAAAGGCCAAAGUUCGAACAGAUUGUCGGAAUUCUAGACAAAAUGAUUCGAAACCCAAAUAGUCUGAAAACACCCCUGGGAACUUGUAGUAGGCCAAUAAGCCCUCUUCUGGAUCAGAACACUCCUGACUUUACUACCUUUUGUUCAGUUGGAGAAUGGCUACAAGCUAUUAAAAUGGAAAGAUAUAAAGAUAACUUCACAGCGGCUGGUUAUAACUCCCUUGAAUCAGUGGCCAGGAUGACUAUUGAGGAUGUGAUGAGUUUAGGGAUCACACUGGUUGGCCAUCAAAAGAAAAUCAUGAGCAGCAUUCAGACUAUGCGAGCACAAAUGCUACAUUUACACGGAACUGGCAUCCAAGUGUGAUCAGAAUUGCUCCCUCAGGGAGUUUACAGACUGCGAGAGAACAGUACUGGCCUUCAGUUACACAAAGAAUGCUGCUACAAGACAGUUGAUAUAUGGGGUCCUUCCUACAGUGAAGAGAAGAGUUAAGAAGCACCUAUAGACUUGAACUCCUAAGUGCCACCAGAAAAUAUAAAAAGGGAAUUUAGGAUCCACCACUGGUGGCCAGGAAAACAGCAGUGACAAUAAACAAAGUACUACCUGAAAAACAUCCAAACACCUUGAGCUCUCUAACCUCCUUUUUAUCUUAUAGACUUUUUAAAAUGUACAUAAAAAAUUUAAGAAAGAAUAUAUUUGUCAAAUAAAAUCAUGAUCUUAUUGUUAAAAUCAAUGAAAUAUUUUCCUUAAA